AUGUACCUGCCUUCUUGGAGCCCAGGUCACACGGCUGUCUGUCGCCACCUGCUGUCCUGUCCCACGUGGGGAGAGACGGGCAGGGGUCUGUGCUGCACGCACAUGCCCACCACCCAGGACCUGAGUCCCUCCCAGCAGGGCCUCUGCUGGUGGUUUCCAGUUUCUCUGCAGGCCCCGGCACUGGGUGGUUUUAAGCUGCUGCUCCCAUGUCUCAAAGAAGAAGGAAAUGGAAGCUCAGAGAGGAAAGAAGUGGAGGCAUUAUGUGAAUUUCUGAAUGAGUGGAAGACAGACUUGGCUAUGGAAGACCAAGAGAGAUUCCAACGGGACCUGCUAGACAGGGAGAGGUUUUUAAAGGACUUUCCUCAGGUGAAAAAGGAGCUGGAAGAGAGCAUAAGAAAGCUCUAUGCACUUGCAGACAGGGUUGACAAGUUGCACAGGGACUGUACCCUCUUCAGGGUGGUGGCCAACUCUACCGGCACUGUGUCUGGUGUUCUGAACAUCCUUGGCCUGGCUCUGGCACCCGUGACAGCAGGGGCCAGUUUGGCGCUCUCGACCACUGGGUUAGGGCUGAGAGCAGCAGCUACUGUGACCACUAUGUCCACCAGCAUCGUGGAACACUUUAGUAGGUCAUCAGCAGAAACGGAAGCCAGUGGCCUGUUGUCAACUAGCAUCAAGGAAAAGGUGUCUGUGGGAGCUCGAUGUCUGUCUGCACUUGGGAUGGCUUUUUCUACAGCGAAAGUCUACAAAUCCAUGCAAGGGGUUAGGAAAAAUGUCCAUGCUGCAAAGCUGGUGAAAGACAACUCUCAAUUAGCAGCCCAAGCUAAAAGCUUCACGAGCACUGGGCAAGUCUCUGUCCAAACCAGCAAGGGGGUGAAUGAAGCUUUCAAAGGCACCACUCUGGCAAUGACCAAAAAGGCCCGGAUCAUUGCUGGAGGCUUUGCAGGAAUCUCCCUUCUAGUGGGUGUGGGCUUCCUGGUAAAAGAGUCGAUGCACUUGCAUGAGGGGGCAAAGACAGAGUUGGCUGAGAAGCUGAGGCAGCAGGCCAGGGAGCUGGAGAAGAAGUUGAAGGAGCUCAUACAGACCUAUGAGAGGCUGAAGUAAGGCCUGACUCCCCCACCCCCAGAGAAGUGCAGGAACGAGGGACACAUGUGAGACCAGGGAUCAGAACACCUUGUUAGAGGGGAAAGGAGAGGGAGGCCACACUGAUGGAGCUGGGUGUUAGGAAUCUGGCAUUUCUGUAGCUGAGCACAGCAGGGGAGGAAUGCAUGCAUCUGGAAAAUGGGGAGAGAGAAGGAAGGAGCCUGGAGCCUGGACUAAGGGAAGAGAGUGAGGGGAGGGGAGAUACCACUUAUUUUGGACUAAAGAACACACUGGGGGCAGAACAGAGAGGCAGGGGAACUAGCAACGAGAGGCCAGGAAUAUGAAAGUGUUUAAAAUGGGAGAAAGUCAAAGAGGAGGGAUAGCUGGGAUCCAGGAGAAGCAUCCCAGGCUCCUCUAUCGCGCUCCCCAGGGUUUGCUGUCCCAGCAAGAAGAGUCUCCCCCUGAUGGUGGUCUCUAGCCCUCCUUCUCCAGCGUCAGCUCACCUUUGAUCCCAGCAGGUUUACCUUAAUUAGGCAGUGCCUUCCUGAUGAUGAUGGUGGUGGUGGCAGUGAAGACUACUCAGUGGGUGGGACAUUUGUCGAGAUGCAGGUGAUAUUUGGGACCAGGAUCACUGAGUGACUAAUGAAGACACUAUGAAAUUCCAAAUACUGUGUGAAACAGAGGUU